CCCUCCGAUCCCCAUGGGGUCCUUGUCCAGGAGGUUUAAAAUUCCUCCCCUGGCCCAUCUCCUCCCGCGUUUUGCUCUUCCUGCCCGCAGAUCCCGAGUGCCCCUGCUCGCCCAGGACGCCGCCCUCUCUCCGGGGCGCGUCCUCAUCCUCGGCCGCGCGCGCAUGCCCGCCGCCGCUUGCCGCUCUGCUGAGUGCCGGUCGCGGCCGGACUGCAAGCUGCGCCCCCUAGCACCGGGCUGAAGAGCGGUGUCGAGGGCGCCAAUCCUCACCAACCAAACUGUUGCCAACUACGCUGUUCACCAAGGCGACUUACGCGAGCAACUUGGUGCGGUGACCGCCAUCUCGGCGAACUCCGGUCACUGCCGGCGACACCACCACCACCACCACAUAGGCACUCAAGGCGCUGCCUUGAACACCUGCACGUGUACAUAUAGUGGCAUCUAAUGGCCAGGAUGGUUAAAUGGAAACCGAUAUCUUGUGAAUAUGCAAGAGUUGCACCAGAGAGAUCGUCAUUAAGAUCUAAUUGCCCCAAGAAUCACAAUUUCAGACAUUUUGGUGAUUUGGGGAAUGGGAAGGAUGCCAAUUUCAUUUUACAUUCUUUGAAGUCAAUGUUACAACCAAAGGCAAGACAGUGUGUUAUUGUCAAGGUGAACAAUAAAGAUGUCGAAGAGAAUUGCAGCUCCAGAUUUGCUCAUGAGGACAAUAAGAUUAUUUCUAGUCCAUCUCAAAGGAAAGAGAGAAGUCAACUGAAGGCAUUGGAAUCAUAUUUUUCUAAACUCAAUACCAGUCAGCAGCUAUGCUCUUUCUCUGAAAAGAACAAACACAAAAAUGGCCUAUCAUCCUCAUAUGAAGUUGACAUUGCUGAUGAUAAUGCCAAUUUGAGGAACAGGGCAGACUCGUUGCGGGUACAGUUUGACAGAGGAAACUCAGGUACUAAGAGAUAUCGCAACACUUCCAUUGAAGAUUACAAGGAGUACUUGAUAUUUGAUGAAAAGAGUUUCCUGGACAUGCAUACAGAUGAUCAAAUGUCUGGUUUCUGUUUGACAAACUUAUUGGCUGGUAUUAACAUUGCAGUUCUGUUAUUCGAAACAGCAAGCCCAGUCAAAAAUUCUGAAAAUGAAUAUUUGUCUCUCCCUUUGUUGUAUGGUGCAAAGAUAAACAACUUAAUACUUUCAGGGGAGUGGUGGAGACUACUAACACCAAUGUGCCUGCACUCUGGUUUCUUACAUGUAGCCCUUGGUUGUUGGGUGUUGCUUAUAUUUGGACCUCGAGUAUGCAGAGCAUAUGGUCAAAUGCCAUUUUUUCUUAUAUACAUACUUGGAGGAAUCUGCGGUAAUUUGACAAGUUUUGCUCACACUCCAGAGUUAACUGUCUGUGGCACAGGCCCAGUAUUUUCUCUAAUUGGAGCAUGGCUGGUGUAUCAGAGUCAAAAUAAGCAAGUCAUUGACAAGGAUGUCUCGGAAAGUAUGUUCUGGCAGGCCGUGAUAGCUGCAUCUUUGAGCUUCUUACUGAGCGUUUUUGGGGGAAUCGACAACUGGGCGCAUCUUGGGGCAACCAUUUCUGGACUCUUCUUUGGUUAUCUUACUUGCCCAAGUAUAGAACUGGACAAUGCUGCUAAGAACGGUCAAAAGGAGGCUGUGGCUCUUGUUAGGCGACAAGCCAGUCCAUGCAAAUCCGCUGCAGUCUUUGUCGUAAGCAUACUAGCAUUUGCUGUGAUCGCGUUCGCUUAUGGGACUCAGUUCACUAAUAUGGAUCUGGAAUAGCUAGGUGUUUCCCAUGCUUCCUUUUUAUGCUUAGGUAGCUCGUCAACAAUGUAUCCUAUAUUGUGAAAUGAGUAUGAGAUGUAACUAUAUAGUUGGUUCUGUAGUCUGGAUCGAUCAGAUAUGUAGCCAGGUUUGGAGCUUGUAUUUUGUAUCAUACUACAAUCUCUUUGGAUGUUGUCGAGGCUUGGAAAAGUGGUUACACACUAAUAUAAUUAUAUAAGGGAGGUUACACAUAA